ACUACGUCAUCCCGGUGAGCCCUGACUCAAGACAGAAGGAGGAAGAAUGGCUGCAAGGUUACUGCUCCGCUCGGCUUUCAGAGCCUCCUCAGCCUGCAGGGCCCCGGUGUCUGCCCCGGUAUGUGCCCCGAUGUCUGCCCCGAGCCGCGGCAUGGCUGCUGGAGGAGGAAUUCCCACUGACGAGGAACAAGCUACAGGAAUGGAGAGGAUCAUCAUGAAGGCCAUGAAGGAAGGAACGGAUCCAUACAGCAUGAUGAAGCCAAAGGAGUACUCCGGCUCCAAGGCAGACCCUCACCUGGUCCCCUCCAUCACCAACAAGAGGCUGGUGGGAUGCGUCUGUGAAGAAGACAACACAGCCGUGGUUUGGUUCUGGAUUCACGAGGGCGAGGCCCACCGCUGCCCGUCCUGCGGCUCCCACUACAAACUGGUGCCCCACGAGCUCCCCCACUAACUCCUCCAUCACUCACUCAUUCCAGACGUCUGUCACAACUUCUCCAUAUUCCUCCACCUACCUGCUGACCUCAUCAGUCUUUGCUUUACACGACCUGUUGGUUUCAUUUUCAGAGGGAACAGAUGUGGUUUGGGA